AUGAUACCUCUCAAGGAGAAUCUCCGUGAACUUGGACUCGGUAAUUCUGGAUUAUCAAUGUAUAUUGGGAGUCGUAUAUUUGCCAUGUUUGUGAUCCAAUAUUCGGAUCCUAUAACUAGUGUACCAAGAAUUAUUGCUAUCAAUUUGUCGCCUUUUACGGCUAAAUCAGCUAUGCGCACGUCACGUAUAUAUGCUCUCAUAACAUUUCUACCAAGGAAAUUCGUCAACAAGACCGAUAAGACGAAAAGCGUUCGUAGAGGCAUCAUCUACAAGACUUUGGUUUCUUAUUGGAAUAUAUUUCCUUGA